AAGUGAAAGACCGUGGGUUUGAGGUGGCCUCCACUUCCCCCAAAGACAGGGCCUCUGGCAGUAACCCUGAGCAAGACGCUGCCCCGUUCCAGGAAGGCUCAGGGACCCGCGACCAGCCGGACGCCGUGUCUAGUUUGCCCACACCCAGUGACAUCUUUGUGUCCUACUCCACCUUCCCAGGUUUUGUCUCCUUGAGAGAUCCCAAGAGUGGCUCCUGGUACAUCGAGGUCCUGGAUAGCGUCUUGGAGAAGUGGGCUCGCCACGAAGACCUGCAGUCCCUCCUGCUCAGGGUCGGUAAAACUGUUGCGGACAAAGGGAUUUGCAAACAGAUGCCUGGUUGUUUUAAUUUCCUUCGGAAAAAAUUUUUCUUUAAAACUGAUUGAGGCAGGGCCCCUCACCUGCCUUCUCUUUCACCAGAGAACCUUCGUGCUCCAUGUCUGGAGGUGGCUGAGGCUGGUCUCUUCUACAACUCAUUGAUUUUGUAGCCUGUAGAGGGUCUGCUGUUUCCCAGCAGGUAGCAGACAGGCUCUUAGCAGCUUCCAUAUAGGAGACAAAUGCUGAGCAGUGGAGGAAGAGGUACGAAGAAUGCCAUGGAUUCCAUGUGGCCUCUUCCCCAGUGGCUGGUCGCAGGUUAGGACUGUGGACUGUCACCCCGUGUCCUCUCUAGAGCAGGGCUUAACCUCCACACUGUUGACAGUCCUUUGUUUCAGGGCUGUCCUGUGUGUUGUAGGAUGUUUAGCAGCAUCCCUGGCCUCUACCCACUAGAUGCCAGUAGCACCUCUCCACAAGCAGUGCCAACCAAAAAUGUCAACAUUGCCAAAUAUGCCCUGGGGGACAAAAUUGCCCCCACUUGAGAACUACUGAUCUUUAGGGGGUUUUGGCUACAAACAAACCAGCAUCUGUCUUAGAUCAGCAAGCUUGGGGCUACUAGAGUCUGAAGAGCUGGAAUCUGUGAAUUUUAAAUGAAGUUUUAAAAAUUGCUGAUUUUUCUUGUAUUGCAUUAUUCUUAAAAAAAAAAAUAAAUCUU